UAAGUGGCAUGUGUAAGGGGGAAAAAUUCAUCACUCAUGGAUGAAGUUGACAACAUAAGAAAAUGGUAGCGGUAACCGUGAGAUUGGUACUAGGGUUUUAAAUGGGGUCCACUCUCCGGUCGCGAAGAAUCUUCAGCACGGAACAAGAAAUGGGAAAUUAGAGGAAAAGGGUUUGCAAUUAAAGAACAAAGUCGAUUCCUUGGAAGCAAAACAGAGCAAUAACAGAAUGGAGGAGGAACAAAGGGUUGCACAAGUCGAAGUGGCGAAGCAGAGAUGCAAGUGCGUCAUUGAUGCCAUUGACAAGUUACCUUGUUCCACCAACAUCACUCACUCGUGUAAACGAACCCUCCUGAAAUUGGCACGUGCCGAGCUCGCUUUCCUCUCUCGCCCCUCGUCUUCUUCUGGGCCCCUCAGUGUCAACAUUGGGCACCUUGAAACAGUUGUCCAUAUUCUCCAGCAGCCUUUCAUUACUGGAGUUUCUCGAGUUUGCAAGUCAAUCCCACUCUCACCUUCUGUUAGCAGUGAGGAAAGACGUGGUUCUUCUCUUAAACACAUUCAUGUUGAUGUGGUUUGUACCCUCAACAGGAAGCCUGUCUGGAUUAUAGUAUCUGAUAGAAAUCCAGAGUAUAUUUCUUGGGAAAGAAGCCGUAAAAGUAAGGGUUUAAAGCUACGGAUUCAAGAAGUACUUGCUGCUGCGCAGUCUAACUUAACAUUAAGACCUUCCUCAGUCAUUCUUUUCUUUGCCAAUGGGCUUGCAACCAACAUUUACAACAAACUUCGAGAUGAACUUGGGGCAUAUGAAAUCCAGUUGGAUUUCUCAGUUUUCAGUUCUGACGUGUUGGAAGAAACUGAAGGUGACUGGAUAAAUGUUAUUGCAAGAUCAUACAGAAAUUCAUGUGUCCUUGAAAUUAACCCUGCUGUUGGCAAGGAUGUUGUUCCAAAUUCUGGGUGUAUUAUUCAAGGUUCGGCUGUGGACUCUUCCCAAAUAGAUCUUUCAGUAGGAAAAGCUGAAACUCAACCACAACAAUUGGAAGAAAAUGCCAGAACUGGGGACUACUCUCAUCUUGAGCUUUUCGUAGAUGAAGCCAAAACUCAACCACAGCCUAUAGGAGAGAAUGUUGGAAUAAACUUGGGUGAUACAUUCUGUUCCAUUCUUAUGGGAAUGAAACCAAGUUCCAUGGAGAUUAAAAAUUUUGAAUCCGCAAAACCUGGGAAUCUCUUAGGUGAGACCGACCUAGUAAAUUUUGAUACAACAGCUUUGAUAGCUCUUGUUUCAGGUAUUAGUAAUGGUGGAACAGAUAAACUUCUGGCCACUCCUGAGAGUGAAAUGAGGCAGCGGUUUAAGGGAAACUUCGACUUUGUGAUUGGUCAAAUAAUGUCUGAAAUUCAAAACCCAAUCCAUUUGAAAUUUGGUAGAAUCCUACAUGGAAAGCAUGGCCUAAUUUGUGAGAGUGUUCUUGUGGAAUUUAAGGAGUUGGUAUUGAUGUGUGGAGGACCCAAUGAGAAACUGAGAGCUGCCAGAUUGAUAGAUUAUCUCAGGGUUGUUCCUGAUACUCCCUCAGAGCGCAUGAUGGGCCUCCCAACAACAAGAAAGCUGGCACUGAAAAACAAAGUUGUCUUUGGCACUGGUGACCAUUGGCAUGCCCCUACUUUAACUGCAAAUAUGGCAUUUGUCAGAGCAGUUUCACAGACAGGGAUGUCCCUUUCUACUAUUGAACAUAGACCAAGGGCCUUAACUGGUGAUUAGUACCAUACAUUCCUGAAAACAAGUCUUGAGGCAUUCAUUCUGGCACCACUAAACCUGACAUCUUCCAAUCCCUGUGACGAACAUUGUUCCCGUGAGUUGGGUCAUGAUGUUGCACAUGUUGCGUUCUUCUGCCUCAGCCUAUUAACUCCUGCAUUUGGUCCAGCAACAUAUUUUGUUGACAGGUGUUCAAAAGUUUCAUGUUUCUUUCUUUCUGGUGAGUUUUCCUACCACUGGUUGUUGAAUGCAUGUAUAUGAACAAUGUAGGACUUUACAUCUUCAAACUUCUGAAAACUUUGCCAUCUAAGGAUUUAUUACAUAUUCAUAUCAUUAAUGUGAGUUUAUAUAAAGUUUGGGCUAGAGUUGCCUCGUGAGAAUCUUUAAUAGCGUUUUCCUCCCACUAAGCCUCGGAUUUUAUAUAUAAAUGGCAAUAGCUCUGAUUUUUUUAUUCUUCCAAAUUGAGAUAUGAUAUUUUUAAUAUUCAACUUCUCCAAUUAGCUCACCGUUUAGUGUAUACAUUGCAACAACUAAUGCUCUUUCAUUUGUCACAAUCCACACAUUCUCAAUGGUCAUUGCAAUUAUUGAGUACACAUAGGGGAACAAAGUGGAUACAUAUUUUGUUCUCAUUGUUCACAUUGUUGUAGGAAUGGUGGUAAAAUAUCACUCUUUGCAUUAUAUUUUUACCCUAAAAUUUACAGGUGAAACUAGUAACCAGCCAUCUUUCACUAGUGGUGCCUGUCUGCUUGAAUUUUAGUUGAUUUCAGAAAACAUGAGAUAAGUGUAACAAACAAUAAAAGGUCCCCUGUAUGUACUGUGAAUUAUAUUUAUCAAUUGAUAUCUUGGAAUAUAAAUGUUUUUUUUUUAUGGCUUUUGCCUUCAAUUAAGGCUUAAAACUACAUUGUUUUCUUUGACUUGCUAUUUCCUUUUCCUUAUCCAGACACUGGUGAAUUUGGUGCCUGGUGGUUGUGCUGUUGGCAUUCCUCUUCUCUUUCAUUAUCUUGACCUUGACUCAUUGUGGGAGGAGGGUUUGGAGAAGGUGGACAAAAAAUCCAAUCAAAAAGUGUUGCAGCUUCUAUAUUUGGUAUUCUUGAUCGAAAUCACAAAGUGAUGACUCUGGAGUCACAUUGGAACAAGUGAAGGGAGAGAUUGAAUUUAAAAAUGUCAGUUUCAACUACCUACCAGAUGUUCAAACAAGGUGUAUUGGCACUUGUCGUUAGAUUGGAAGGAUGCAGAGUGGUUGCUGAUUUGGCCACUCAAAAGAAAGAGAUUGUAGUACUUUGCUCAGCUGGAAGGACCCAAAAGCACUAGAUUUUGUGGAUUUGCAUUUCAUUAUGUCAUAGGAUUUUUUGUUUUUGAACUUUGUGGUAGUAGUUCUGGUUAAUUUGUAAUUUUGUUGGCUGAGUUGAAAUUAACUUGUUUUGAUGUUGUGGCCUUUUUGAGCAUUCUUUAUUGCUUAUGAGUUCAACCUCUGCAAUGUUCUGACUAUAGUAGAGUAGUUUUUUUUUUGUAAAGAUAGAUAAAUAUGUGGACAUAAAGAAAAAAAAAACUACAUAAAAUAGUUGAUUUUGUGACAUUUCUUUGGACUGCAUAA